UGAGUGCUCUCGUUCGGCGGCCCGUCACGGCCUUCGAAAAAACCACCGAAAAACACUCUUUUUUUCAGAAAAUGAGCCCCACUUCGAACUAGCCAUCGAGCUGCUGAAAGUCGCUGGAUGAAAAGAUGCUGCUUUAUUCCUGUUUAUAAUGCAGACAUGGUUUUCAAAAUGGACUCAUGACUUCAUCCUCGUGGCAAGAGUGGACGGCUCGUCUUCGCGCCUAUGUUGGUUGGCUCAACUCGCAGCUGAGGAAAGAGGAGGGUGGCGUUCGAAAAGUAAGUGACCUGCGCAACGACCUCCGCGAUGGAGUGAUUCUGGCGCAUCUGGUCGCUUCCCUCGGCAAUGACAUUGUUCCUGGCAUCAACACGAAUCCGAGAACCGAAGCGCAAGCCAAAGAAAAUGUGGAUCGACUCUUCCGAUUUCUCAUUAGAAAGGGAGUUCCCAUUCACUCGCUCACCCCCAAAGAAAUCUGUGACGGCGAUCUCAAAGCUAUUAUGAGAUUGGUUCAUGCCGUCGCCUCUCAUUACAAGCCUGACACAGUGCUGAACCCUCCUCGACCGAUUCAAAGAAAAGAAGAAACAAAGUCAAUAAGAAAAUCAUGCAAAGUGUCACCUCUACAAAAUCCAUCCAACCUCAUGCCUCAGCAACCGAAUUCAAAAAGCGAACCAUCAUCUCUCAAUGCCGGAUUUUUCAUGUCAGAGAGCUUCAUUGAACAACUCCUACUCGACGUAAAGGAAGCCAAAAAGCAGCUGUUUUUACUACAAGAAACUAUGCGGAGUGAAAGGAAAACCUGUAAUGACCCACCGAACGAAAAUCUACAAGAUGAGAAUGUAAAAUUGAAGAAAAUCAUAGAAGAAAAAGAACAGGAAAUUUCCAAACUCAAACUUCUAAUGUCUGCUCAAACAAAGAAUUUCAAAUAUCCCUAUUCCGUCCCACCUAGAAUACAGAGAGAAGAGUUACAAGUCGUUGCAGAAGCACUCGGGAGUCUCCGACGGUGCUUUCCCGCCAACGAUCCUCGCCAACAUACCAUAGAUACUGUUGACCAGUCUCUAGCCGCCUUACUGGAGAGAAUUAAUGCCUUAGAAAUGACAUCGCCAGCAACUUUGGCACCAAGCACAGUAAUUCGAAGAUCCCCUACUGAAAGAGAAACAUCACCACACUUAUUGCGAAAACCACAAGGUGAGACGUCUAAUGGGCAGCCAGCAUGUGAUAGUAAUUGCACUAAAGUAGUUUAUUACAUGGACAAAUCGCUCACUCCUUUUCGUUGUACACUUAAUAAAAGGAUAGGGGAAGCAACAUUGCGGGAUUUCAAACUCCUGUUUGAUCGUCCUGGGCAGUACCGAUACCAUUUUAAAACAUUAGAUCCGGAAUUUGGAAUGGUCAAGGAAGAAGUUCAUAAUGAUGAUGACAUUCUUCCUGGAUGGGAUUCUAAAAUCGUAGCUUGGAUAGAAGAAGAAUGCAAUUGAUGCAGAUUUUUUCUUCUUUAUGGUUAGACUAUGUGCAAUGUACAAAAAGAACUCCAAAAGCAUUUUGUAGAUUUGUGGAAUUUCAAUGUUUACCAAACUGAAAUGUAUGUUAAAAAUUUUUUAUGAUAUUUAUUUUGAAGAAGAGAAAAUAAAAACUUUUGUACUCAUUAAAUAA